UAUUAGUGGAUCUGCACAUUGAAGGGGAUCAAGGCAGCACCAGUACACCUUUCAGGGGCAAAGCAGAGCGGCGCCAGCUUUCUUCUGUUUCCACAGCAUUACUUUUGGCAGUCUGCAUUGGCAUUGUUGAAGCUCUGGCCUUGUAUUUGGGAUCUGGUCCACUUCUCAGUUUGAUGGGCAUAUCACAUACAUCCCCCAUGCGAGCACCAGCACAACGAUAUCUAGCUCUGAGAGCUCUUGGUGCUCCUGCAUUCGUAGUUUCUUUGGCUCUUCAAGGCAUUUUUCGUGGUUUUAAAGAUACAAAGACUCCUGUCUUCUCUUUAGCUAUUGGAAAUUUUAUAGGUGUAGUUUUGUUUCCAAUAUUUAUGUUCUACUUCCGUCUGGGUGCAUCUGGAGCAGCCAUAUCCAUUGUGUUAUCCCAAUACUUGGUGAGCUUUUCGAUGCUAUGGUGCUUAAACAAGAGAGCUGUGUUGCUGCCUCCAAAACUGGGAGGAUUACAAUUUGUUGGCUAUCUAAAAUCUGGUGGUUAUCUUCUUGGGAGGACACUUUCGGUCCUUUUCACCAUGACCCUUGGAACAUCAAUGGCUGCUCGGCAAGGUCCUGUAGCAAUGGCUGCUCAUCAAGUCUGCUUGCAAGUUUGGUUGGCCGUCUCCCUCCUCACGGAUGCGCUUGCUGCAUCUGCACAGGCACUUAUUGCCGGCUACUCAUCAAAAGGAGAUUAUAGGGUUGUUAGGGAAAUCUCCAACUUUGUUUUGAAGAUUGGAGUGGUUACUGGUGUCAUUUUAGCGGUUGCACUCAGUGUUUCUUUUCCUUCUAUGGCAACUCUCUUUACUCAAGACAUGGAAGUACUAGGAAUUGUCAAGACUGGUGUAUUGUUUGUGAGUGCCAGUCAACCAAUCAAUGCACUGGCUUUUAUUUUUGAUGGUCUCCAUUAUGGGGUUUCAGAUUUUGCAUAUGCAGCUCAUUCUAUGAUGGUGGUGGGUGCAUUAUCAUCUGCAUUUUUGUUCUACGCUCCAAGAGCGUUUGGCCUUCCAGGUGUUUGGUUGGGCCUGACCAUAUUCAUGGGAUUGCGAAUGAUGGCUGGUUUUAUAAGGAUUAUGUCUAAGGAUGGCCCUUGGUGGUUCUUGCACUGUGACAUGAGUAGUUUGAAGGAGGGCUCCCAGGGUCAAAAGCACGCACGAUGAUUCCGCCCAACUAAUUUUGUCGAUGUAGUGGGAGUUAUAUUUGGGUAUGUACUUUCAUCUGCACAUGCAUUUUGAUAUGUUGAGCAAUAUUGUUUUAAAAGGUUGAAAUGUUGAUUUUCUUGAGUACUGUUUUUCUACAAACCAUCAUCAAGAGCAACUCCGAACGGAAGAGGUAUAUUGAGAAGGUAUAUAUUGUUUAUUUACCUUCCCAAAAAGGUAAAUAUACCUUCAUAAAAGGUUGAAAAUUUC